GACGAGUUUAGCGGGAAAUUUGCAAAUGUCAGCUGUUUUAACAGGAACAUUGCCACAAAGAUUCCUCCUCCCACGAGUCAGCAGCUUGCAGAGGAUUGUUGGGUGUGUUACCAUAGUUACCCCGGCCAAGAUGCCAAAGGCAAACAAGUCAAAGUCCCAGUUAAAAGUAAGCAAGACAGAGUCCAUUAGAAGGCAAAAACAAGUCAAGGUUAAAAACAGCAAGACGCAGUCCUUCAGAUGUCAAAGUGCUUCGUAAAUCAGGACAGGGUUCAAAAACAACCACAGGAAAAAGGACAACCGCCUACAAACCCUGUACCGUCCCUGCUCCGUGACCUGGAAACAAGGUUCACAGCCAGUCAAAACAGUAAGAACGCUGUCGGGAUGAAACAAUACAUGAGGAACCAGUUUGAAUUCUAUGGUAUUAUGUCACCAGGAUUGAGGAGCAUCGCUAAAGAAGUGUUUGCUGCUCAACCAGAAUUAACCAGGGACCAGGCACUUGAACUUCUCUUGGAAGCUUGGCAGAAACCAAAUCGUGAAUUCCAGAUAUUGGCAACAAAUUACGCCAUGAAAAAUGCGAGUGUUCUGAUUGGCACAGACAUAAAAUCAUCUAUGCAUUCUCUAGAUACUAUACAGAAAUUAAUCGUUCACAAGAGUUGGUGGGACACUGUGGACAUGUUAGCAGUAAAUGUGAUUGGUCCAAUGGUUGCUACAUACCCAGAUGAACUUGGACGUGUGAUGGACAGGUGGAUUGAUGACUCUAACAUGUGGCUGAGGAGGACGGCAAUUCUGCAUCAACUCAAGUAUAAACACAAAACUGAUUCACAGAAACUCUUCAGGUAUUGCCUGAUGAGGAGUGAAGAAAAGGAGUUCUUUAUCCGGAAAGCUAUUGGCUGGGCACUACGGGAGUACGGUAAGACUAACAGGAAGGAAGUGAAGGAGUUUGUGACGGAACAUCAGGAGACUUUAUCUAACCUCAGUGUUCGGGAGGCAUUGAAACACAUCAAGUGAUGGGAAUAGUUCUCACAAAACAAGGAUUUGGCACUAACUUCAUUGAACCAUUGAGGUUCUCAGAUAUUACCCAGAGGGCCCAGAAUUAUACCUCAGGAUCACAUUAAUCAAAGAUUGAUUACGUAUCUGGUAAAUUACUUGUAUCUGUGGUCAAAAAAUGUUUUCAUUUCAGUAAUACAAAUGUUCAUCACCAGUCUCGGGCAGGUCAGUUUUCCCAAUCCUGGGGUCACUCCCACUCAAUGGGAUCUCCAGGCUGCCCUCAGAGGUUCAGCUUCAUACCUUUCGCUUUAUUACCUGUAUGGAAUCCUUGGAGUUUGAUCUCCAUCACAGCAGUGUUUCAGUGGAUUUUUGGUUCUUCCUCCCAAACAAUCGUCUCAUUCAGAUUAUCUAUCAAAUUAUCAUUUAUUGAGUCAUUGAAAGAUGUCAAAAACAAUACGAUAUAUAAAAUCAUUUGUGCAACUUCACAUUUUGUAUGGACUUGGUCAAGCCAAUCAAACUAUACUUUUGUGAUCUGGUGUAUCGAGGUCCAAUGUGGAACUAAAUGAUAAUCAGAUCGAAAGUGCUCUCCACUGGACCAUGUUUUGGUGUCAGUAUGAAGAAAAGGAAAGCUAGAAAAAACUUAAAACUUUUACUUUAAGAAACGAUUGUGCCAUAUCUAAUAUACAAUACAUACAUGUGAUAUAUUAUAUAUAUGUUAAUCAAUUAUGUAACCACAUGGAAAAAAUGUAUGGCUUUAAUUUGUAGUUAUAUGUAUCGCAAUAAUUAUACAUCAGUCUUUCUUGAUAUUUCAAUCUCCUUACAUUCUAGUAAUUUUCAUUGAAUAUUAUGAGAUGUUUUUCUUGCAUUUUUAUAUGCUCGUCAAAUUUGAGUGUUAUAGUGUACGUAUAGUGCUGUCCGCCUGUCUGGCGUAAACUUUCUUUUGUUCACCAGUCUCCUACAUUUUUCAAUAAUCUCUUUCAAACUUGGUAUAUAUUGUGAUCAUAUGAAGUUCUUUCUCUGAAAAGAAUUCAAAUUCAAUUUUUUGUACAGAGAUUUCCUUCAUUUAUCAACCGAUUUCUUUAAAACUUAGCAGACUUUAUAAUUGUGAUACGGUGAUAUAGUGUUGUGUUUCUUCAAAAAAUAUUUUGAUUUGUCAAUUUUUACAAAGUUAUUUCCCUUUGCAAUUGUUUAUUUCAGUGUUUGAUUAUUGUCAAGCAAUUUUUUCAAUCAAUCUUUUUCAAACUUGGAAUACAUUAUGAUCCUGAUAUGAAGUUGUCUUCCUGAAAACAAUUCUGAUUCUACUGUUUUUGCCAAAGUUAAUGCCUUUUGUGUUUAGUUUUUGUCCAGCUAAAUUUUUCAACUGAUUUCUUUGGAACUUGGAAGGUUUUAUAAUCAUGAUAUGAAGGCGCUUUUCCGCAAAAAAAAAAAUCUGAUUCAAUUAUUUUUCUGAAAGUUAAAUUGCUGUCAAUUCCUGAUGUUGAAGACGAGUACUUGUUUUCUCAGACUGAAAAUAUCAAAUAUUGACUUUGUAAUGAAAAGUGAAAUGUACAGCAUACCAGAUACCCACUCUUAAGGCGAUACAAAUCAUAUCAUAUACAAGUAGUUUAUAUAAUACAUGGUGUUUGUUGGGGUAAGAAAUUUUUCAUAUUGUUUGUUAUAUAAAUGAAUUAAUGUUUUAUAAGCUAUAUAAGGGUGCUGUGAAUUAAACUUUAUUUUAUAUAUAUAUCAAGAUUUUCUUUUGUUUGCAUUAUACUGCUAGUGAAAGGGCUAAUAGCUGUGUUUAUCUAUGUAAAUCUGUAUUUAUCCUCAAACUAGAACUGUAAGCCAAUGGAAAUUUAUGAUGUCAGUUAUAACAAUACAUGUAUCUUACUUUCAUGUUAUGAUAAUAGGUAUAAGUUAGUCCACGUGAAAGCCAAUGAGAUGAGGAAAUGAUCACUGUAGUGUUUUGGAAGAAUGCAAGUCAGAACACCUCUCAUAGAAAAGUUGAUAAAGACAUUGUCCAGUUGUCCUCCUCUGCGAUGCGUUGGAACAGUUACACAUGGCUGAAAUCCAUAGUAGUGAAGCAGUGCCAGUUCACGAGAUUUGUUUCAUAGAAUUCAUGGCAUGCUAGAUUCUGUACAUAUGUUACACUAGAUAUUUGCUACUGUCUCCGAAAACUUAAUCUGUUAAGUCCAAUGACAUCAUGUGUAUACAUUAGGGAAAGGUCCGAAGUUCUGUUCCCCCUAAUUGACAGGUAUGUAGUUAUUAACAACAAAACAAGACAAGCUAGAAGGUGAUUUCCUUUAUGUAUCAGGACAUUCAAAUAAACAGACUGUACUUUUACAAUUAUUUUGACAUAAUUAUGUAAUAUUUACAAUGUGUUUUAGGACAAAUUUGUCUGCAUUUUCAAUAAUCCAUUGCACUUUUACAUUAUAUAUAUAUAUACUUGUUCAACUGAAGAGUAACACCUCAACUAAACCAAUACCAGAGUCUUAUCACAAUGAGAAAAAAAAUGGAAAUUUACUCCGAUUAUUGUGAACAUUUCAACACAAUAAAGUUUCGACCAAAUAUGUCUAUUUGGUGUAUUGAUACUUCACCCCACUCAAGCACAUUUGACCAUUUCAUACACAGAAAACACAAAACCAAUUGUGAUGGAAAAAAGCUGGAGGGAAUGCUUUGAAAUCAUGAAAAUCACAUAAAAAGUUAUAAAUUGUUUCCUAUUUGUAAGUAGAACUGCAAGUCAUUAGCUAACUACAUGUAACACCCAUAUUCCCAACUAAACAAAUCAGAAAAGGGAAAUUACUCUUGUAAAAAGUUUUAAAGUAAAAUUGACGGUAAUUGAACAAUUACCCAAGGUACUGAUCAUAACAAUAAAGUUUCAUAAAUAUUGUUUUAGAAAUUCAGUAGAGACGCAAUUAAAACAAAUGUAAACUUAAACAUAAUGCACAACUACUCAAAAUAUUAAUCAUUCAUAACAUGUACCAGAAAAAGAAACACAUAAAUUACAAAAUCAUGAAAAAGAAGUAGAUAACGAAAUAAUAUUUUCUGAUGUCAAGUUACAAAAAGUUUGGUUGAAGGCAAACAGCAAUGUGUUGGGAUAAUAUUCUGUCACAGCAAUGAUGUUCCAGUAUAAUCCCCUCCCAAAUUCGUUGCAGUGGUAUAACAGUGUUCUUGUAUAAGUUUGUAUUCUUGGGAGGUUAUAUAUACAAGUUAUUAGCGAGAAAUCUUUUAUUGGACCAGUA